AUGGCGAGCCUCUCACUCUCCUCCACGUCACCACAGACUUUCUCUCUCUACAGCAUCGGGAGCAGCACCAAGUUCUCCGUCUCUCAACCAAGGCCGGCAAAGCUCUCUAGUCUUGUUCUUGCUCGCACCUCCAGCUCACUCCACUAUAACCCUCUCAGAGUUUCGAUUGGUGGAAGUAAUGAUCUCGGGGUGCUGAAGAAGAAGAAGAAGAGCAUGGGAUCGGGUGCGGUAUGUUACGCUGCACCUCUCACUGUUCAUAGCCUCCAGUGGAUCUCCACCAUUUCUUCUGCGGUUCUACUGCUUGCAAAAGGCACUGCUGUUCAAAAAUCAUUUCUUGUUCCAUUGUUUGUUCUACAAGCACCAUCCACUGUAAUCUCAUGGUUUAAGGGCGAAUAUGGUAUCUGGACUGCAUUCUUAGCACUUCUUGUUCGUCUCUUCUUCUUUAUUCCUGCCGAACUUGAGUUGCCAUUGGUAGCAUUACUCCUGGUGAUUGUGGCUCCUUACCAAGUUACAAACAUAAGGGGAAGACAAGAAGGUGCUAUUAUUUCACUGGUUAUUGCAGCAUAUUUGGCUUUCCAGCAUUUCUCACGAAUAGGAACCUUGCAGAAAUCAUUUGACCGAGGUUCAAUUGUUGCUACCUUAGCCAUAAUUUCUAUCACUGCUGUGUCAGGCCUUCUCCUGUUCUGA